AUGGCAACAAAGAGCAAGGGUCGCCAAAAGAUUGUUAUGGCAAAAAUGAGCAAGGAAAGUAAUCUCAAGGUUACAUUCUCCAAGAGGCGUUCUGGGUUAUUCAAUAAAGCGAGUGAGCUUAGCACCCUCUGUGGUGUAGAGAUUGCAAUCAUCGUCUUCUCACCUGGGAAAAAAGUGUUCUCAUUUGGAUAUCCGAAUGUUGAGCAAAUCCUUGAGAAGUUCCUCAAUGCUCAAAAUCCCAGUCCAACGAAUUUGACCAUGCUUCAACUUAUACAAGCUCUUACCAGUGCUAGGGUUCGCCUACUGAACACGGAACUCUCUGAGUUGCUUGAUUAUUGUGAGGAGCAAAAAAAACAAGGGGAGGAGCUCGUAAAACUAAGCAAGCAACAACAAGACAUGUUCUGGUGGGAGACUCCGGUUGAUGAUCUUCGAUUUGAACAACUUGAUCUUAUUAAAACAGGAAUGGAGGACCUCAAGAGAAACAUCGCCACACAAGCUCAGAAUCUUGUGAUGAUGGAGCAAGCACUAGCACUGGAUGGGUGUAGCACUGGCACUGGACUUUCUAUGACACCAGAUGGAUUUAAUCUCAGGCAAGGAUGUGGACAUCCCACGGUGUACCAAUAUCAGGGAACCCAACUACGUGUGUGA